AUGUGCAUCCUGGAGCUGCGACUUCACAUUUUGCUGUCUGUUGCGUUAAGCCAUCUGAAAGCCCACCCAUUGCAAGGUUAAUAACUUCAGAAUACGAAGUACAACACCGCCACUUGUGCGAUGCAACGCCUGACAAGCUUUUUAGGUUGAUCCAGCCAGCAUCUCGGUGCCGUUCUCCCACCUACCAACGUGGGAGCCAAUACAUAUGGCAAGAGGAAUACAGCUGAGGGCUUGAACAGAGCACCGCUGCGUUACUUGCCCCUUUAG